GUGCACACACUGCCGGACACGAUCCCAGUGACGUUGUACGCAGGCAGCUGGGUGUCAGCUGCGGCGACAGUGAUGCGCUGCAGGAAGUGAUGCAGGGAAAAUUCUCAUUAAUAUCCACUCAGUAGAGACGGAGAAAGAAGAAGGACAGGAAACGCGGUUUUACGGUUCGCAGCCCCGACAAAAUCUCGGUAUCGACAGGCAAGAACGGAGGAGUCUGAGAGCAGCUGGCCGAAGAAGAGCCCUGGUAUUCCGGCUGCGACGGGCUGAGAGGGACGCUUUUCCGCGGGGUUGUGGCUGGCGUGUGAGCCGAGUGGGACCGACGAUGAGUGUCCGCGCGGGCAUGAUCUAGAAGUGCCAUCCAUGUGAUGCUGGGACCGGUGAGGUCGCCGAUGGUUCCUUGUUCUUCAUAACCGUUGCGUUUCAAGAAACGGCUGGCCUGAUGGCAUGUUGAGGCGCGCGGCCGGGCCAGAGAGAGGGUAUCGCGGCGGAGUCGGCCGGGCCUGACGGAGACAUGGGCCAGUGCGUCACCAAGUGCAAGAACCCGUCGUCGUCGCUCGGCAGCAAAAGUGGAGAGAAGGAGCCCGGAUGCAAGUCGCAUCACAAGAAAGGGGCCCCCUGCAAAGAGGAGCCCGGGCCCAUGUGCGGGAAGGGCUCCGGCGACCCGGUGGCCAACGGCACCAAGACCGUGGAGGUGACGGCGGAGACGGCAGCGCCCCCGGCCCCCUCGGGGGAGACGUGCGAGGAGGAGGCGUCGGCGGGCGACGGCGAGGAGCUCUCCCUGGCGCGCAUCGAGGAACUCUUCGGCCGCUACAAAGAUGAGAAGGACGACGCCAUCCUGGAGGAGGGCAUGGAGAGCUUCUGCAGCGACCUGAACGUGGACCCGGCCGAGUUCCGCGUUCUGCUGCUCGCCUGGAAGUUCCAGGCUGCCACCAUGUGCAAGUUCACACGGAAGGAGUUCGUGGAGGGCUGCAAGGCCAUCAAGGCGGACAGCCUGGACAGCAUCUGCGCGCGCUUCCCUUGCAUGCUGCUGGAGGCCCAGGCCGAGGAGAAGUUCAAGGACCUGUACCGCUUCACCUUUCAGUUCGGCCUGGACUCCGAAGAGGGGCAGCGCUCGCUGUACCGCGACAUCGCCAUCGCCCUCUGGCGCCUGGUCUUCACGCAGCACACGCCGGCCAUCUUGGAGUGCUGGCUGGACUUCCUGAGCGAGAACCCGUCCGGGGUGAAGGGCAUCUCGCGGGACACGUGGAACAUGUUCCUCAACUUUACUCAGGUGAUCGGGCCCGACCUCAGCAACUACAGCGAGGACGAGGCCUGGCCCAGCCUCUUCGACACCUUCGUGGAGUGGGAGAUGGAGCGCAGGAAUAGGGCACGGGAGGAGGAGGAACGGAGGUGUGCCGAUGACUUGAGGCCAGAGGACGAGGACGGGGAACGAGGCGGCGGGAUGGGCCCCUGAGCGGUUCGACCGGGCGCCCUCGCUAAACUGCGCAUAUGUGAAACCGUUGGAAACUCGUUGGAAAUUGUUACCAUUUCUACUUUAAAUAUUUUUUUUUAAGAGGUUGACGUCGGUGGGCAAUUUUUCUUCUGUACCCUAAUUUGCCUUGUUUUAUGAAAGGGCUCCGGAAUACUGUAUAUUGCCGUAUGACAGUUUUAUUUAAAUUAUUGCUUCUUUGUUUUUCGUUUGUUUCUUUGUUUCGUUCUGGUUAAAUUUUAAUGACGCCCACGUGCUAGAAUACGACCACGAGAAACUGGCUACGAAGUAACCCAGCAAUGCGGUCAACCACAUUUCUCCAAAGCCGAUACCUUAAGUGUUACGAAUUUCAAUAAGGUCUCAUUUAAUCGCACGGGGAAGGCGGUGAGCAGCUCAACCGUCCUUUCAAUUUACACCCUUUUACUUAACAUCAGUUCCAUCUUUACACCGUGCAGUGAUUUCUUACAAAUGAAAGUGUUAAUCCGGUGGACCACGAAAUGACGUUCCGUUAUUCAUUUUGUCAAUGUUCUUAUUGACUUUUGCACCAUUUACAAAAAAAAAAAAAAAAAAAAACUGGCACAGUAUUUUUGCCUGAAAUGAGAAUGUGGCAAAAUCGAUACAAGCAGAUAAACUGUGAUAUUUGCUCUAAUCGAGGGUAACGCUGUCCUCCCGGUGCAGGACGCUGAAGCCUUCUGAAAAUGCUGUAUUUCGAGGUCCUGGGGACCGGAGCUCCACACACUGGCUGUACACAGGCGAUCCUUCGACUCGCACAGUCCCUCUGCCCGCGCGCACACACACACGCGCGUUCUUACACUUGCUGUACGCCGUUCGUGUAAGAAUGCGUCCCCAAGUGGCCCGAGCUGCCCCAACGUACCCGAGCGGAAACCGCGACCCGAAAGACGAGUGAGGAGAUGUGAUUUUUUUUUUUACAACGAGAGAUAAGCUCACUGUAGGCCUUCUAGGGAAAACGUACAGAACUCCGUAGGCCAGUUCCUCCAAAUGUUUACCCUCCUAAAUGCCACAGUUUUACAGCUAGGUUUUGAGGACCUGUUUGUUUCGGUUAAAUAAAAAAAAACGUACAAUGAGGUCUUUAUAUGUUGACUAUUUAAGGCCUGAUAAGACCACAUGUGCAAUGGUUCUACAGCUUGAGUUGUGAUUUUACUGUUGAAUGGUUUGAUGUUUUAUUAAUGACUUACCUAGACAAUUAAA